ACACACACACACACACACACACACAGCUUCCCUGCCUCAGCCUCAGCCUCACUCACUAGAGAGGCGAGGAGAAGAGCCUUCUUCCUCUGCUCUCGCCACUUUCUCUCACUUCCCCGCCCAUCUGUGCAGACAGCAGCUCCACAAAGUUGCCCUCAAACUUGAACGGAGCUGAAGCCUCCAGCUUCCUGGGAGGUUCUCACAGCAGUAGCAGCAGCAGCAGCAGCAGCAGCAGCAGCAGCAGCAGACUCCAGCUGUGAACUCUGCUAGCCUUGAGAAGCUCUUCUGAGUCUUCCAGCAGCCAGCUGGCCCCCAGGCCCCUGCAAAAACACAUCCACCCUUAUCCCGGAGGUUUGAAAUCUGAGCUGGGGAAUGGUGUGCUGAGGACCCUCUGGAGCACACUGUGCCUACCUGGACCUGAAGAAACCCAAGGCCCACACCAACAUGGCCAACCCAGGGCAGCCUCAGUUUCAAGACCCAGGCUCCACCUCACCCCUGGAGCUGCCUGAGAUGGAGAAGCUUCUCACCAAAGUGGAAAACAAGGAUGACAAGGCUCUGGGUCUGUCCAAGUCUCUGUCGGGGGCUCUGGACCUGGAGCAGAAUGGCCACAGCCUGCCCUUCAAGGUCAUCUCCGAGGUGCACCGCCAGCCCUCCCUCCCUGGCUCCCCUUCCCGGGCCAGCUCUCGGCGAGCGUCCUCUGUUGUCACCACCUCCUAUGCCCAGGACCAAGAAGCUCCCAAAGAUUACCUGAUCCUUGCCAUCGCCUCUUGCUUCUGCCCCGUCUGGCCCCUCAACCUCAUCCCCCUCAUUUUUUCUAUCAUGUCUCGAAGUAGUGUGCAGCAGGGGGACAUGGAUGGGGCACGGAGGCUGGGCCGCCUGGCACGACUGCUCAGUAUCACCUUCAUCAUCCUGGGCAUCGUUAUCAUCAUUGUGGCUGUCACUGUCAACUUCACAGUUCCGAAGUAACCGCAGAGCUGUUUCUAGCGGAGGCAGAUGCCAGCCAGCUGGAGAGCUUCGAACCCACACAUCCCCACACAUUACGGAGGACAGGACGGUGGCUGCCAAGUCCCCACCUGUUCCCAAGCUCCAAAAGCACAAACUUGGAGGGAAACCUCUACAGCACUCCACUGUUAGCCCAUGGCAGACGGGAAGGAAAAUCUGGAAUGAAGUUGGCCGUGAACCCAAUGAAUAAGCUCAUAGACACAUCACUUGCCUUUUGACCUCAGUUCUCAGGCUUGUUUCUUAUCCCCACGAUUCCUGGGACUUACACACAGCAUAAACUGCCAGAAUGGGAAGAAAACCAGCUCCACAGCCAAGAAAGAAGCACCGCACACCCUGGUGUCUGUGAACACGAGCACAGUUUGGGCCGCUGUCUUUUCUACUUUUCUUGAUAGGGAGCAAGCAGACUCCUUGCAUGCUUUGCGUGGAGCAUCCACGGUGAUCCUAGCCUGAGUCCAAAGGUGAAGGUUUCACUCAGCAUGGGCCCUGAAUACCCACCGGCAAAGAGGCAAGAGCCAUGUGGAAAUCUUCCACUGAAGAUUGGAUAGGGAUAGCAUGACACACCGGGCCCUCUUACUGAACUUCAGCCUCGAGGUUUCUCUACCAAGGACUCUGGUUCCAGAGCACCUUCCAGAACCAUGGGGCCUGCCUCUUGCUCCCCACCUGUGCUGUAGCCAGAGGCACCAACCUGGAAGUCCUUGAACUUGACCUGACCCAGGUCAGCCAUGGGGGAGGGGCAGAGCCUGGGCUCUCUCCUGCCACUGACUCCUUAGGGGUCUGGGAUCCCAUCUUGGUAACCCGUGCAAGUGACUCAGGGGCCCUCUAUAGGGCGUUCAGGGAUCCUACAGAGAAGAGCUGAGGUGGACCCUGGCUUCAGGCUGUUAGCCCAGCUUUAAUGGAUGCUCUGUGCCUGGUCCCGUGUCCCUGGCCAUCCAUAGCAACCAAGGCUCUCCCUAGGGGUAACUUUGAAGCUCUUACUGGACUCUCUGAUUCAUAGGCUCUCGGGAGUCUUUGCUGCAUUUUGUAAGGGAGGGGGCUAGAGAAUUCUUAAGAAGGCUUGUUAUUUCUUAAUCUGGAGCCCCCGGAGUCUAGAAGGAAAGGCCCAGCUGAAGGGUCAGUCUAGAGAGUGGGGACUGGGGCAGGGAGUAAGGGCCCAGUAGCUACAGCCUCUGUCUUAGGACCUAGCAGAACAUGGGAAAGGAGCCGAACAGAACCCUCUGCCAACCAGCCACCUGCUUUUUGCCUCUGCUUCUCCAGUUUUCUG